CUAUCUCCCCCGUUAAUCCCAGCCUACAGUCAGCCAGCUGUCCACUCUACGCGGCCCCGGAAUUGGACACAACGGCCCAACUCCAAUCCGACUCGGUGACCUCAGCCUUCCGCCAUCGGCCGCAAGCGAUCAGGCGAGCAGACGAGCAGGCAAGCAAGCGCCCAGUGGAAAUUACAUACCGCGCGCCCAAUACCGACUCCCAAUCUGCAUCGAUAACACCACCGCCCUAACCCCAACCCCAUGGAGCUCGAGUCGGACAAGUACGACGUUAUCGUCCUCGGGACGGGGCUCGCAGAGAGCAUUGCUGCUGCCGCGCUCGCUAAGGCUGGCAAGUCGGUCCUCCACCUGGACGGAAACGAGUACUAUGGCGGCGAUGAGGCUAGCCUGACUCUCGACGAGCUGGCGACGUGGGCACAAGCGCGGGCCGGUGCGCCAAGCACGAGCAGCGCAGCCCGCUCAGACUCGUCAGACUACCUGCGCGCUCAGCGGAUCCGCUUCACCAACGCCACCACCACAGCUCUCACGCCAGCGCUGCAGGCCAACCGCCGGCGGUACGCCAUCUCGCUGCAGCCGGCGCUCAUGCCGAGCCGGGGCGCGCUGGUCACCACGCUCAUCUCGAGCGACGUGAGCAAGUACGUCAGCUUCCGGCUGCUGGACGGCGUGUCCAUCUGGGAGGACGGGGCCGCGCGCCGCGUGCCAGGCGGCAAGGAGGACGUGUUCCAGGACAAGUCGGUGUCCCUGCUCGACAAGCGCCGGCUGAUGAAGGCGCUCAUGUUCAUCGGCGGCGAGUUUGAGGACGAAGAGCAGCUCAAAGGCCACGAGCAAGACGGUAUCCUCGACUUUCUGACUGCUGCGUUCGCGCUCCCCCCGCGCCUGGCAGCAGCAGUAACGUACGCCAUUGCGCACGCGUCCAGCCCGGCCGACCCGGCUCUCGCAUCCCUCGUCCGUGCACGCCGCUAUCUCCGCUCCAUGGGCCGCUAUGGCCCCUCUGCGUUUCUGGUCGGGCAAUACGGCGGUGCCGGUGAGGUCGCACAAGGCUACUGCCGCGCAUGUGCAGUAUUCGGCGGGACGUAUGUGCUUGGCCCGGAGGCCAUGCCCGAGGCGAUCGGGGUGGAGGAUGGUGGGGUGACGGUCAAGAUUCCCGGCCACCCACGACCACUUUCAGCCGGGCAUGUGGUGACGAGCGACGAUUUCCUCCCGCCGUCGCUCGUGCCAGUGGCUUCUUAUGGGACACGCACGACAGCGCGUGGCAUCGCGGUGGUCACGUCGCAGCCGGGCGUGCUCAAGCGAGCACCGCCACCCGACGCUGACGAGGACGAGGCGGUGCCCGAAGACGAUGACACGGGGGUGGUCGUCUUCCCGCCAGUUGACGGUGCGCCGCUCGCCCGCGCGCUCAUCAUGGGCGAGGGAACCGGCUCGUGCCCCGCCGGCCAGUGGAUCGUGUAUCUCUGGACGGAGGCGGGUGUGGGCGACGACGCGAAGGCCAAGCUGCAGCCGUUCCUCGAGCGCCUGGUGCCCGGUGGCGCGGUCUUCGAGUCGUAUUACCUCGAGCAUACGGUUGAGUCAGCUACGGCGGCGGCAGUGACGACGUCAACGUCGUGUUCGCCACCAGGGCUCGUCCGACUCGAGCGAUACACUGGUGGGCAGACCCUGACUGAGGCAUUGGACUUUGCCGCCGAUGCCGGCCGCGCGGCGUUCGACGCUGUUCUCGGCCCCGGCGAGCACGAAGGGCAGGGCUUCUUUGAGAAGGCCGGUGGUGAUGAGGAGGAGGCAGGUGAUGACGAGUAGGUGUGCAUUUUGUAACAUAGCCAUGG